AUGGUAAAGAUUCACAAUUUCGGUGCCGGGCCGGCAAAAUUACCGGAAGAAGUAUACGAUAUAAUUAGAGAGGAGUUGACCAACUUCGAAGGCUCCGGAAUAAGUUUGUUAGAGACAAGCCACCGAACCCAGACAUAUUUAAGGUUGAAUACAGAAGUACAAGAUGUUGUGAGAAGAUUGUUAAAUGUCCCGAGCAACUACAAGAUCCUUUUUCUGGCCGGCGGCGGCCAGGGACAAUUUGCCGCUGUUCCAAUGAACUUGAUAUCGCGGACAGGAACUGCAGAUUACGUUGUAACAGGUGCAUGGUCAGAGAAAGCUGCAAAAGAAGCUAAGAAGUACGGAAAAGUCAACUUGGUUGUACCACCCACAGACCGCUAUGUGGGAGUACCGGAUCAAUCUACAUGGAAUCUUGAUCCAAAUGCUUCGUAUGUCCACAUUUGCACAAACGAAACAGUUCACGGUGUGGAAUUCGAUUUCAUACCAGAUACAAAGGGCGUGCCUUUAGUAGCAGAUAUGUCGUCUAAUUUUAUGUCCAAGAAAGUUGAUGUCUCUAAGUUCGGUGUCAUUUACGGUGGGGCUCAGAAGAAUAUAGGCACAUCUGGCGUUGCACUCGUCAUAGUUAGAGAGGAUCUGUUGAACCACGCCCUACCGAUAUGCCCUUCAAUUUUGGAUUGGACCGUUACCGCCAAAAACGACUCGAUAUUGAACACACCUCCUAUGUUUGCUAUUUACAUCAUGGGUCGUGUGCUUCAGUGGAUAGAGAGACAAGGCGGUCUGGACAAAAUGGCUGAGCUGGCGACAAAGAAGGCAUCCCUGGUAUAUAAUUUAAUCGAGCAGUCGAACGGUUUCUAUUACGCUCCAGUUGCGAAGAACUCGAGAAGCAAGAUGAACAUUCCGUUUAGAAUCGGAGCAGAGGGUAAUGAAGCGUUGGAGAAGGAGUUUUUGAAGGGGGCGGAAGCGAGAGGCCUGAUCCAGCUCAAGGGUCAUCGUAUGGUUGGAGGUAUCCGCGCCUCAACUUACAACGCAGUGACAGUGGAAGAAGUACAGGCCCUGGUCGAGUACAUGAAGGAGUUCCAAGAGAAGCAUUCGAAA